GAAGCAACGACGAGGGAACAUCGGUCUGAUUGCGCAAAAUCGCCCCCUCCCACUGUCUGAUUUCUUUCUUCCUUUCAAUUAUUUGGUUGUGUUGAAUUUGGAACUUAUUCCACCGAGGUGAAACAAGCCAUAGCACAGGCAUAUUUUACCACGCUGGUCACCCUGGCAGUGCCAAAAAUCUUCGACGUCCAGGACCAGGACUCCCUCUUCCUCUCGGAAUCAGCCGUUCUAGACUUCAGCAGGCCUUUUCUCUGUCGCUCAAGGAUCGGGUUGGAGCUGAGCUUGAUGUGGGCCAGAGAAGGAAGCGGGGGGGGGUGUUGCCAGUUGCCAGCUCGGCGCGGCGAUUUCGAAAACCCUAUCCUGGCCCGCCCUGUCUCUCUCCACUUUUCUUUUUUAAACCAUGUCGAAAACCGGUUCUUGUGCAUGCAUUGGCUUUGCGUAAUGCUAUUAAUGUUAUCCACAGCGGGUUAUUGUCGAAGAGGGGUAUAACAUCGAGCGCAUUAUACCUGGGUCUUCGGGCAACAAGGUGCUGCAUUCGUACGGAACGUGCAUGGGAGUGGCUUGACGAGGUCAAAAGAAAUACUGGAAGACACAGAACAGAGGGUUUAGCACGCGAUGCUCCGUCCUGGAACGCAACGCAGAAUACUGGGUUUACACACAAAAAGCAGCCGAGGGAAGGGGUAUGCUGUGCGUUUUGUUUUGGGGUGAUUCGUGGGCAAGUUGGUUCGUCUACAAAGAGCUUAUUUUGAGGUGAUACACAUGAAAACGAUCCCUGAGCCGCGGGCGGCUCCCCAUCGCUGAAGGGAUGAGGACUUGACGGAGAGACAGAGCCAAGGUAGCAUAUCUUACUCGGGAGACUCUCAGCUGUCAAGAUCAAGUCCAUCCAACUACGGGGAUAAGUAGCAGGAAUACUAUGGGUAGUUGGGAGGGAAAGCCUGACUAUUGUCACACCGGUAGAGGAAUCUGAGAGCUUGGAGUCUGCCAUCAUGGAAACUGGGUUUCGCGGGUGAUUGAGACAUGCACAGGUAUGAUAUGCAGGAGUGAUGAAUAUCAGGAUGUGUUGCUCCUGAUGAUGAUUGUCAUUGGUAAGACCAGCUAUCACCAGCGAAAAAAAAAAAACACCAUACCAAAGGAGCCUGCCGUAAUCCUGAGAGGUAGAUUCUCGGGAAGAUAAACUGCGUUGCAUGACAUCACAUCGGCGCAACACGCAUAGUAAGUGACCUACUCGGGAUCACAUGACUGGGUUAUCUGUUUACAUAUCGUCGGGGCAAGGGUUGAUUGAUUUUGAACUCUUCGUAUUGAAGGUCUUUGUUGCGGGCUGGAUUGCUUUUCAUCCUGAUUAUUGUGGGGAUUUGUUCAUGAAUUAAUUAUGACAGGUAAUAAUGACGAUGAGAGCAGGUAGGUAGUCAAAGAUUGAAGAUAAAAUAACAAAAUGAUUCGAGACACACUUAUCCCGAUUGUCCGUACCGUGUCGGACAAAAACAUGAGACAAACAGGGCUAUUAUGCACUGAUACAGAGUGACAAAAAGGCCGUGAUUAUAAGUGUGAUGCAUGGGCUCUUUGACACAAGGGACAAACGAUUAUGCCCUGUAUGUAUGUAUGUAACUUAUGUAUGUCUGUAUGUACAUGUACAAGUAACAAGUACAAGUACAAGUACCAGAACGCUUACUAGUCGAAGGCGAACCUUGAUAAAUAAAAUCGAUCGCUGGAGACAAGAGAAACAACCGGAGCCCCUUCUCGGUGGCGUUGAGAUAGAAAAAAAUGAUACAAAGUAUAGUAGAGAAGGAAAUAAUCUAGAACUUGACUCCAUUACUCACUAAUUUUCCGCCCAACUUUUAUCGCUGUAUUUUUACUGGCAGUUCCCGUCCCCAUUCUUCUUCCUGUUCUUUUUUUUUUGCCCCAUCUUGUUUAACAUCUCAUCUUUAUCAAUAUAAUUUUCCCCCAUUUCUAGCUCCCUAAUAUCCCUUAACUUUGCCGCGUCUGUACUGUUAGCUAGAGAAAAGCACCAAUUAUUUGUCGGUUCCGCUCUCCACCGCUUCCACCCACUCUCCAAAUUCAAAACGCCUCCACGCUCUACUAAGAGACACAGUCAAUUACAUCACUCUUAUCAACUCUCUAACACUCCUAGUCUACACAAUAUUUAAAUCCGCAGAAGAUCUCCCUUAUACGACAGCGGGUCUUUUUUUUCUGUUUUUGUUUCGUGGUGCGGGCUAGUAGAUCUCAUCGUUUCCAUGUCCGUAAUCGCGCACUAGUUUACUCAGAGCACGGAAUACGUUGCUAUUUUCUGGGCUAUUUUCUGCGGGUUUUUUUGUUUCAUCCAGACGCUGCGCAUUUAUUUUUCUCGACACAAGUCGCGCAUUAUCGCGGAAAAGCCGAUCUACGUAUUUGACGUCCAUCUGCUCCCAAGGUUCCAGAUCACCCUAACUACCCGUUGCGCCGGAGACUCGUCAACGUCAAGCCUACCCUGCGAUAUCAACCGUCGACCAGCUCAAAACUCCAGCAGUGACACAACAGAAAGCUUCUACAGUGCAGGCUACCUGUCGCGUACCACGCCAUUGGCAAGGUUUUUGAUUCUCGAAGCCAUGGCCGCCGUGCUACCCGUGAUGCCAGAGAGAGGCUCACUUUCGCCGUCAGACCCUCAUCGGCGAAAGCGCAACAAGCCAUCUAUCCCAGAAUCUCAAAGCUCCUACUUGAAAUCUCCCCAACCCGAAUGCUAUUCCGUUCGUAGUAGUUCAGUAUCCUCCACAUCAUCAUCGAGACAGCCUUCUCCCAUCUUCUCCUCGAUUUUUGUACAUACCAGCCCUCCUGCAGUCACACUGCCGCCGACGCCAGAAGAACCCGAGGAUGACGACAUAUUAUUCCCUUCUUUCGAUACCGCAUCCUACGAUGAAGAGGAAGAGAAUACACCGCUCGACUCACCCAGCCCUCCCUCGAUGGAACAAUCGAGAAGUGAUUUCACGAUGCCUCGGAUAGUGGGUGAUGAUGCUUCGAUAGAGCAUGAGCCUACAAGACACGUCGACUACCUCUCGCACGAUUGGCAAGAAGAAGAUAUCUGGAGUUCUUGGAGGUAUAUUGCUUCCAGGAGGGAUGCAUAUAACAAUGGAGUGAGGUUAGAGAAUGCGGCCUGGCGGACGUGGGCAAAAGCGAAGCAUCGACUUGGAACCGUCACUCCGGAGUCACUUAACUGGCUCAAGGAUUGCGAUGUUACCUGGCUCUAUGGCCCCUUACAGACCGCCUCCAAACUUUCCCAUCCUACUUCAUCUCCGCCUCCUACCCGGCUCUCCCCACCCAGCCCCUUCCUUAACAAAAAGCCGAUCCUCAAAAAGAGAACAGCCUCUCAAACCAUCCUUCAACGCUUCAUUUCUACACGCACUCUCCUCAGCCAUGCUGGUGCUAUAUUACAAGCCCGCGAAGCGGACAGCCUUAGAAACCGACCCGGAUUAGGGAGGUCAGCGUCCGACUAUUAUGUUCCAAACAACUACUUUGAAAAUUCAAGUAGUAGUCUGGCGACGACUAUGUCUCCUGGCACCGAAUCACCCAGUGAGAGACGUCACAUUAGCUUCAACGACGAAGUCUCACAGUGCAUCGCCCUUGAAGGGAAAGACGAUUACUACGAUAAGAUGGACGACAGUACCUGCGUCCUAGACGAUGAUGACAUGUCUAAAUGCAGCGUGCUUAUGAUGCGGCAGGUAACCCCACGUCCGCCGUUGAGCAGCCGAAGUACCCCGCGAAGCAGUUUCAGCAGCGAUAGCAAAACCAUCGCGCCCCUACCACCAACGACACUGAAAUAUCGCAGGGAUACACCAGAGCCUGACGAGGUUGACGUCGUCGACUCUCCAGAAGUGAAAUCAUCGUCAUACUAUUCAUGGUGGCCUCUACCUGUCCCGCGCCUGUCCCGUUCCGCCUCAACGGAGACGCUUCGGCCUUCGAAGAACCAGCGGCAGCGGCAGCAACAACAAAUGCCCAAAGCCCAUGAUAAUUUCCUCCUAGACGAUGAAGGUCCCGACGACGAUGACGCCAACACCGUCACCUCAGACAUGGAUAUGAAAUGGCAACUAUCCGGUCAGAAAGUGCCUGAGGACACAUCACAGACAUAUAACGGACCAUGGUUCACUGACUCUCACAAACGACAGUGGAAUAACGAUGAUAGUCCCCAUGCUCAUUAUUACAAUACUAAUAAUAAUACUAAUCGUACUAUCAAUAACCGGAACUCCUCUUACCUAUCCUCUCCGGAACAGUUCCUAUCCUUCGACUACGACGACUUGUAUAAUGCUGGAGAUACGAGUGGACAUAAUGAUGAUGAGGUGGAUGAUGAGGAAGCUAUGAACUUUGGGUUCCUUGGCAAGGUUGUUGAUACGGUGAAUACUGCGAGGGAUAUUGCACAUGUUAUUUGGAAUGUUGGAUGGCGGAGUUAGAAAGAUAAUAGAGAACAACAAACCACCUUGAAAGCCUCCCGGGUUGGUGGUGGAAGCACUGGAUAUCGCAAAUCCAGACUGCAAGGAUCCCUUUUUAUUGCCCGGCACAUCGAUGUUUUAUCUUUUUUUUUUCAAAAGAAACAUCCUUGGAAAAGCAGCUCCCGGGCUUGAGAAGUGGAUAGCAGUUUUUCCUCACGAGACUACCUUGGCUGAUUGACUAUAUAACUGCACGUCCCGCCAUUUCCAUACCCUAUUUACUUCACUCCAUACCGCCCAUUUUCCAUUUUCUUAUCCUACCUACCUCGUUUGUACAGCUAUAUUAUCCUCUUUCAAGCCGCUUUUUUACGCAACAUAGAAAUACGUACUUACCUACGUCCUCGCAUAUCCAUACAUCCCCACAUCUCCUUGUCAUUAGGGAGUUAAAUGGACCAGUUAUUCCCGAUACACUCUCAUAUUGGCAACGCAUUUAGAAAGACGGUUUAGCGAAUGAAUAACCGUAUUGGUUUAUGGCAAUGUUGAAGGGACUGAAAUUGAAUGAUUCUGUCAUUGUUUCAUUUCCAUUUUCCUGCCUUCUUCCCAUUGUCACCUGUCACCUACCUACCCAUUGCUGAAUCCUCUGGUACAUACAAAGAUGAUUAAAUGUGAAAAAGAAAUUUUGAGCUCGUCUUUUUAUUGUUUGGUUCAUUUACUUGGAGUGAUCCGUGAUGAGUUGCCAGACAAGUUUUAUAGCCCAAUUCAUAAAUGGACACAGGAUAUAAAUAAUAAUAAUAAAUCUCGGCCGCAACAAGAACACACCAUAAGUCUAUUUAGAUAAUCAUUUCUCUUAAUCUGCGCAGUCUUGAGAAAAAACAGUUUCAUCUAAUACUUUUUUUUCUUUUUUGCCUUCUUCUCUUUGAGUAGCAAUCUAGCAGGAGAGCUAGAUAUCUAGAUAUAUCAAUGAUCUGUUGAUAGAAUUGACUUUUAUUUUCAUAUCUCAAACUUCAAAAAAAAUCACUUCCUUUCAUUUACAGUGACACAGCCUCAAACCAUGAAAUCUUAUAUCAACUCUAUAUAUUAGUAAGAUAAAACUACUCCGAACAUAUCUUUUU